GAUCUUCGUACUUGAACUGUCAUCUCCAAACCUCCACUGCAUCUCCUCCCCUAAUAGCCCCUUCUAUCUCCCCAUCACGCACCACACCCACUCCCAUCAAUCUGAUAUUGUCACAGCAUUUGGUUUCCGGGGGCGCGCUGUGAUGCGGCUGCUUUGACUUUUUGCCAGCAGCCUCUGUCGUCUCUGGUCAACCCGUUUGCCAUAUCGAAACUCAUCGUUCGUUCAUCAUCUCACGCAAACAAUACCUGAUCGCCACCAAUUAUAAUCAAAUAUACCUUCGAUACCUAUCAAUAUCUAUUGAACGUACAAACCAAGAAUUACGCGCAAUGUAUAACACACAUCGUGGGAUGGUUCCCGCUCCUAACUCCCGUCUGACGGAGUUGCUCGAUCAGCUGCGCCAGGAAUUUGAGAAUCAGUCAAGAAGUACUGGCGAGUUCGAACAUCAAUUAACCGGACAGCUUCAAGAAAUGGAAAUGAUCCGGCAGAAGGUCUACCAGUUGGAGCAAGCACAAAUCAAAAUGAAACAGGACUACGAAGCGGAGAUCCGAGUUUUGCGACACGAGCUGGAGUCGCGUGGUGUUCAACCUGUUUCGUCUCACAUUGCUGGCCCCGCGCAGCACGCUGGCCCUUCCCAGGCUCCCCCACCCGCGCUGGGUCAUGGCCCAAGCAAUCUAUUUGGUGGGAUCAUGGCCAACCAAGGAGGCUACGCACCUCCGCCUCCACCCACCGCCUCUCCCGGGCCCGGUAAAAGACCUCGUGCUCCCCCUGGUCCCGCUACUCCCCAGCAGACCCACCAACUGGCCUAUCCGGAUCCUCGUGUAUCGCCUCAGUUGGCCCGGCCUACCCCCCCCAGUCAAGCCCUGGUCCGUGACCGCCCGGGAAACAUGUUGGCCAACUGGAAUCCUGAUGACCUGCCCGCCUCGCAGAAGCGAGAGGGUGCAGAUUGGUACGCUGUGUUCAACCCAGAGGUGCAGCGUGUGCUGGAUGUUGAGCUGGUACAUCACCUAGUCCAUGAUAGCGUCGUUUGCUGUGUACGUUUCAGCCGGGAUGGCAAAUAUCUCGCAACUGGCUGCAACCGUUCCGCUCAAAUUUUUGAUGUAACCACCGGACAGAACGUGGCCACCCUUCAGGAUGAGAAUGUGGACAAGAAUGGCGAUCUUUAUAUCCGCAGUGUCUGCUUUAGCCCUGACGGCAAAUUCCUCGCAACCGGCGCUGAGGAUAAGCAAAUUCGGGUUUGGGACAUCGCUGCUCGGACUAUCAAGCAUAUCUUCACCGGCCACGAACAGGACAUUUACUCUCUUGACUUUGCUGGCAAUGGCCGCUAUAUUGCUUCCGGAAGUGGAGAUAAGACCGUACGCCUAUGGGAUAUCUUGGAUGGCAAGCUUGUCUACACUCUCAGUAUUGAAGAUGGUGUGACUACUGUUGCCAUGUCUCCUGAUGGUCAUUACGUUGCAGCUGGUUCCUUGGACAAGAGCGUUCGCGUCUGGGACACUACCACUGGCUAUCUGGUGGAACGCCUGGAGAGCCCUGAUGGCCAUAAAGACAGCGUUUACUCAGUCGCUUUCGCACCCAACGGCCGUGAUCUAGUCAGUGGUAGUCUCGAUAAGACCAUCAAGCUCUGGGAGCUUAAUGUUCCCCGUGGUGCAUUCCCCGGGACUGGGGUCAAGGGUGGUAAAUGUAUUCGGACUUUUGAGGGCCACAAGGAUUUUGUGCUCAGCGUCUGUCUGACUCCUGACGGACAUUGGGUCAUGAGUGGUUCCAAGGAUCGGGGUGUCCAGUUCUGGGACCCGAUCACGGGCAAUGCACAGAUGAUGCUACAAGGCCACAAAAAUUCCGUUAUUUCGGUCGCACCCAGCCCUACAAACAACUUGUUCGCCACCGGGAGUGGUGAUAUGCGCGCAAGAAUUUGGAGAUACUCUGCAUACACUGGGCGAUAAUUGGAUAGGGUUUGAGAGGGUUCGGCGCACGUAUGGCUCCGUAUCAUUUGUGUUUCAUCUAUUGUAGCCAGUUUGGUUUUCACUUGGGUGCUACGCUGCCAAAGACAAUCGUUCUUCAGUUGCAGCUCUCAUAAUCGCAUCAUAGUGACCUAUGGGUGGGUGUCAAGUCAGAAACAAAAAAGGGGAAAAGAAGAAAAACGACAAAAAAGGACUGUGUGCAUGGACUAUGGAUAGUAAUUUGGCUGGUUGUCGAUUAUUUCGCGUGCUUUUGGGGCUUUACUUGCCAUGGACUAGUCCGGUAGUGAAUUUAAAGAAGCUGGAUGCGAUUGUCUCGGAAGCGCAUCGCCGAUGCUUGUAAGGUGCUGUAGAAGGCGUUGUUGUGGUCGGAAAAUCACAGGAGUAUAUAGUAGUUUGUAAGUUAAGUGCCCUAAAUUAAAUAAUGUUCACUUGAAGUCGCGUCGCUUACACAGCGACCGAA